AUGCAAGCAAUUGACGUCCUUACACCGAAGAAGAUCGAAGAGCUUCAAUCAGUGUUCAAAGAGCUUGAUACAGAUAAUACAGGAAAACUAGAGAUCCAGUUGGUCGAAAAAGGCUUAAGAACAGCUGGCGCAAAUCCAACACAGGACGAAGUUAAAGAUAUUCUCGAAGAUAUCAGUGGAAGCAAUACUAUUUCAUUCAAUACAUUCGCUUAUAUCUAUUUCCACGUUACCCGCGGUCAUUCUGUUCAAGAAGAUCUUAUCGAUAGCUUCAGAGCUCUUGAUUCCAACGGAAUGGGCAAAAUCAAAUACGAUGUUUUCAUCAAAACAGUUGAUACUCUUCACAGACCUCUUUCAGAAAAUGAAAUUUCAAAUCUCUCUAACAAACUUCAUGUUGACAAUGGAUACAUCGAUUACACUGAAGCAGUCAAGCUUCUUACAGGCGCUUGGGAUGAAUGA